AUGGUUUCCUCACAACCAAUGCAUAAAAUCACGUGGCACUACCAUAAUCCAUCGGCGGGAAACAAGAUUACGUCGUUUGUAUCACCGGAUGUCAUCGAAGGCAUUAGCGUGUACAGAAGUGCUGAAUGCGGCAGCGGUCAUGAGUUGAUGACGGCUAAAGUUAAAGCCAAGCAGCCACAAAACUUACCGUACUGUUUGAAGUUUCCAAACCUGUUGAAAAGCGGCAGUAUCAACGUAGCGCUACGACGUCAUCGAGCAUCUUUGUUCGUCAUUACCGCCAGCGUGACCAUCGACGUUGCCCGGGAAGAAGCUCGUUGUAGCCGGUACACGGAGGUGGCAUUCGUUGGCCGGAGAACUGCUGCGUCAAAAUAUCCUCCCCCCCAUUUCACACCUCAAUCGGUGUCUUGUCAGCACGUCGAAUCAAACGUCAUAGUGACCAACAGUCAUGCGCUCGAGGCUCGAGGCAUCGGAGAGAGCACGCGCAACUACAAGUCAAAAGAGCGCACAAACGGGGCCGACCGAUUUGAGGUCUGCUAUCAGGAACCGGUCUUCCACGAGGCACAUGCGGCUGCUGGGCAUUGCCACUUGUGUAAAUCCAUUCACUCGGUCAGGUCCAAAUACGAGAGGAUCUGCAACUCCUGGUAUUCGUCGACCGCUUCCAAGUUCAAGACCCAUCAUUGCGCCGCCCUGGUGUCUAAGGACUGCCCUCAGCCGUGA